ACAAUUACCUACCCCAGUGACUUUAUAUGCUGCUGCGACUCCUUUACAUACUCAGCCCUGAAGAUCUCUUUUGAAGAAAUUCAUUGAAAGGCUAUUUAUCAUCGGCAUGCUCCCUUUAAAUGCACGCGCCAUUCCGGGCGCCCUUCAGGUACGACCACGCUUGGUCUCCUCGAUUCCUCGAAUCCAACUAGUUUCGCCAUUGUCAACUUCGUCCAACAGAUCGGCCACCGCGCUUGAAAGGCAAGGGAAUUCUGGCCAGCCCCUGACCGCUUCCGGAAAGGUACGGAGGGAGGUUCCUCUACCAAGCCAGGAGAAGAAAGAGGGUGCUAUGCAAUAUGUGCUGACUACUCUUGAUCAAGUUGCAAACUGGGCUCGUCAAAGCUCCCUCUGGCCUAUGACAUUCGGUCUCGCUUGCUGCGCUGUGGAGAUGAUGCACCUGUCCACCCCAAGAUACGAUCAAGAUCGUCUAGGCAUUAUUUUUCGAGCCUCUCCUCGCCAGUCAGAUGUCAUGAUCGUGGCUGGGACGUUAACGAACAAGAUGGCGCCCGCUCUCAGACAGGUUUACGAUCAGAUGCCUGACCCACGUUGGGUUGUUAGCAUGGGCAGCUGUGCGAAUGGUGGUGGCUACUAUCAUUACAGCUACUCUGUUGUUCGUGGGUGUGAUAGAAUCGUACCUGUUGAUGUUUAUGUCCCUGGAUGUCCGCCCACGUCUGAGGCACUGAUGUAUGGAAUCUUCCAACUUCAGAAGAAGAUGAGACACACCAGAAUCACACGCAUGUGGUAUCGACGUUAGGUCGCUAGUAACGAUCCUAUCGUACCAGGGUUUGGCCUACAGCUCAACAGGCUAGAUGUAAAAUUAAAACCUUUUCUAUAUUAGUCAGACAAUACUAUAACUAGGACACGCUUGUUAUCUUUCAAACGCAUUUAUAUCUACAUACAAUCAUUUGUUAUAUAACCCUAUUGUCGUUCUCUUUAUGCAACGGCAUGUUAUGAUAGAAAGGCUUCCGUUUUUGCUGUAUACAUAUAGGCGACCAUGUUUUCACAUAUUGAGGCCUGGAAGCUAACGAGCUAAAAGAGAACUAUUCUGUCUUUGUCACUACGGCCCAUUGUCUACCCAUUUACAACAACGCCACAAUUGAGAUGUAAGCGCUGUCCCAAGAACUAGCUGCUAUCCUGGCUUGCUAGGAAGACAAAACAAGUCGCCACCUCGCUAGGUUGUCCUGGACGGCCCAUUGGCCCGCACCGCAGAAUUGGUCAUUGCACAAGUAGUCAUGCUCGCCGGUAUUAAGGGGUUCCAAACUUGAUAGCGGUUAGUUAGCGCGCUAAU